UGUAUAUAUAAUCCCCCAAUUGCCCACCCCCAUCGCCAAUUGCUCAAUUAUCAAAAAUGGUUCUCCAAAACCCCAACCUCGAAGGCUACGAGAUUGUCCGCAACUUCUGGCAAGUUUACUACAACUCCCACAAGGGCACCUUCGUUGCCCCCAAGAAGUGUAGCGGCUGCUACAACAACGACAGAUUCGUGGUGUGGGCCGUGGCCGUCGCUUCCCAGGCUGUGGUUGACGGUGCAAGAAUCUACAAGGAAUUAAGACCAUUGGUUCCUGCUGCCAUUGAAAUCUUCCAAAAGUACAAGAACCCCCAUCUCAAGGGGUUCUCAGCCGCUGAAAACAACGGCAACGACAAGGACAUCUACUACGAUGAUGACGCCCAGGUGUGCAGUGCCAUGCUCACUGCCUUCGAAGUCACCGGCGACAAGAAGUACUUGGACCAGGGCCGUGAAUUGGUCCGGUUCUUGAUGGGAGGAUGGAACGAUGACCCCAAUGCGAAGACCAAGGGUGGUAUGCGCUGGCACGUGUCCAAGACCUUGCUCAACUCCUGUACCACAGCAGAAGUCGCCAAGUGUUGCUUGCAAAUCGCCAGCUUCAUUCCUAACGAAGCCAAGAUCUACAUCGAUUUUGCAGCUAAGUGUAUCGACUGGCAGAUUAAGGUGCUUCAGGAUCCUGAAGACAAGUUGAUCAAGGAUGGUGUUGGUUUGGACUCCACAGAUGUCGAUGACGUCAAGUGGUCCUACAACACCGGGACCACCUUGUCUGCCGCCUCCCUUUUGUACCACCACACCAAGGACUCCAAGUGGAAGGCUAUCGCCGACGACUUGGCUAAGGCUGCUAUUAACAGAGGCGUAUUCUUCUACGAUCGUGACUACCCCGAUGAGUUGAGAUACUGGAGAGAUCCUUCCUACUUUGUGCAAUUGUUGUUGGAAGGCUUGGCUGACUAUCUCUUGUUCGUUGGAGAUGAGGCCCCAGAUGGCUUGCCCCAAAAAAUUCACACCGAAGUGAGAAGACACUUGAUCAUGUUCUACGAGUACAUGAAGGAUCCAAAGGAUGGAUUGUACCUCCAGAGUUUUGAACCUCACAAUACUUACAAGGAGACAUAUGAACACAAGUACAAGAGAGAAUUUGACAGCAAAAAGGGAUGGGGCCUCAAGGGUGAAGACAAGGGUGACGAUGGUGAACCUCAAAAGUGUUUGAUGGGUGGAGGUGCUGCUGCCAGAGUUUUCUUCCAGGGUGCCAGAAUCGUACCCGAGAUCUAAGUUUUUCGAAAUUAACCGCAUCUCUUGUAUAGCACACUAGAAAAUACGAUGCC